AUGUCUUCGAGCAAGUGCGACAUCAAUUACCUCAGAGAAAGCACUAAGGGCGAUUUGAACGUGAAAAUGGAGCACCCUGAGCUUUUGAGUCCUUCUUUAUGUAGAUAUUCUCCUCGUGGAAUAUUCUGUAGCCGUACAUUGAAUCUUCGAUCUAUAAGUACCAUUGGCUACGACAUGGACUACACUUUGAUGCACUACAAUGUGAUGGCAUGGGAAGGGCGUGCUUACGAUUACUGCAUGGAAAAUUUGAAGAGCACGGGUUUUCCUGUUGAUGGACUAUCAUCUGACCCGGACUUGGUAAUCAGAGGUCUGGUCAUAGACAAAGAGCGUGGUAAUUUGGUUAAGGCUGAUCGGUUUGGUUACGUGAAGAGGGCCAUGCAUGGCACACAGAUGUUAUCUACCCAAGCUGUGAGUGAGAUUUACGGGAGGGAACCGGUGGAUUUGCGGAAAGAAGAUCGAUGGAAGUUCCUUAAUACGCUUUUCUCCGUCUCAGAAGCUGUGGCUUAUAUGCAAAUGGUUGAUAGAUUGGAUGAUGGAUCUGUAGCAGCAGAAGUUGGUCCGCUCGACUAUAAAGGGCUUUUCAAGGCCGUUAAAAAGGCUCUCGUCAGGGCUCAUGCGGAAGGUCAGCUGAAGAGUGAGAUAAUGUCUAAGCCUGAACUGUUUGUGGAGCCUGAUCCGGAACUACCUCUAGCCCUGUUGGAUCAGAAGGAGGCGGGUAAAAAACUUCUGCUUAUCACCAACUCAGAUUUUCAUUACACAGACAAAAUGAUGAAGCAUUCCUUUAACAGAUUUCUACCUAAUGAUAAGGACUGGCGUGAUCUGUUCGACGUUGUAAGUGGAUCCAUUUCGAUGACUUACUAUUUGCUCUGGCUGCAUUACAUCAUUAAGAGCUCUCAAGAAAUAAGCUAUGGUCAAGAGUUUAUUUUGAAUGCACAUAAUGGAAGGCGAAAGUUAUUUUCAGCGAGGAAGCCUGAGUUUUUCCGGACGUCACAUCCAAUGUACGAAGUGGUCACCAGUGAGGGUCUGAUGCGUCCUAGUUUCAUGGCUCGUACAGGGGGCUUGUAUUCCGGGGGAAGUGCUCAGAUGGUAGAGAUUCUCUCGAUAUACACGGCGAUGGAAUAUUAUAUGUGGGUGACCAUAUGUACACAGAUGUCAGUCAGUCCAAAGUUCAUUUACGAUGGAGAACGGCAUUAA